GACGCAAGAAACAAGCGCCACAGGGCUCGGGAGCGCGAGACCGUGGCGACCAUGGGCCCUAGGCGCCUCCUGUUGGUUGGGGAGGGAAAUUUCUCCUUUGCCGCGGCUCUGAGCGAGACUCUGGAUCCCAGCACUACUAGUCUUACCGCCACCUGCCCCCAACGCCCCGCGGAUUUGGCCCAGGACCCUGUGGCCCAGGAAAACCUGCAGCGCCUGCGCAGGCGAGGUUCUGAGAUACGUUUCUGCGUGGACUGCACCCAGCUGGCAGAUGCCUUUGAACUGCACAGUAGGGGGUUUGAUCGAAUUUAUUUUAACUUUCCGCACUGUGGACGCAAAGCUGGAGUUGCUAAGAACAGGCAGCUGCUUGCCAAGUUUUUCCAGAGCUGUGCAGAUGUGCUUGCAGAAGAAGGAGAAGUCCAUGUGGCAUUGUGUAGAGGUCAAGGUGGAACUCCUGCUGAUAAGCCCCAGAGAGAAUGGCACAACAGUUGGCAAGUGGUUGCCAUGGCAGCUCUGGGGGGAUUCAUCUUAAGUGAUGUGCGUCCCUUUAGCUGUGAGGCUGUGCCAGGAUACAAGUGCACUGGAUAUAGGAGUCAAGAUAAGUCCUUUCAUGUAGAAGGUGCUUUGAACCAUAUCUUCACCCGGAGCUUACCAUUUGAAAGUUCUCAACCCAGAAUUUUCAGGAUCAAAUUGGGUGACCAGUGGUUUUCCUUUCCAGAACCAGAAGCACUUGUGGGAAAGUUGAACAGGGAUUUCCUGGAAGCACCUUCAUGUCAUCCUGUCAGAACUGUGAAUGAGAAACUCAUUGCUGAAUUGGGCAAAGCUUUCCCUCUAAAGAGGCUGAAGUGUUCCUUCCCUUUGCUGCCACAGGAAAGUACUAGUGUUCUCCCUUCCUGGAACUGUGAUCUUACAUCAGCUGCCUUUUGGAUUAAUCUCCAUGAAGAUAACGCAAAUUCUGAGUCCCAGACUUGUGGGACAACACAAGAUAUGGAGGACUUUCUAGUGACAUUUUCAGAACUCAGACUUCCAAAGAGUCCUGAAAGAGAUGGUAAGAAAGAAGUCCAUGAAGGAAUCUGUGGCCGGGCCAAGGUCUGCCUUCGACCUUCUCUUCUAGUUCACGUCCAGGCUGCCAUCCAGGCACCAGACUUCAUCCCAGGGUUUCUGUACAUCCUCAGUGGGCCUGUCUUUCGGAAAUGUCGCAUUUUGCCUUUCACGAUGCCAGCAUUUCAUGAGACUUUAUUUAUAUGUGGGUUUAAUCAGAAUCCCCAAGAUGGCUGUUUUCAGUCACUGCUGGAUUACCUGAAGGACAGUCUCGAUAGUUUUCUGACCCAGACAUCGCUAGAGGAUUCUAAGCUGAGCAGCUCAAUGGAAUUUGUCCUCCAACCAAAUGGAAGAGAUUAUAUGAUCUGUGUGAAGUCUCACAAUUUUGGCUCAUAUUGUGCCAAGGAUCUGGUUAUUGGGGCUGUCACCACAUCUGCUAUAAUAAGCACUAUACAUAAAGACCAGCAUUUUGUGUUUGUGUCUGUUAACUUGGACUUAUUAGCCAUGCUUGUUUGGGGUAUCUCUGAUUGGAGAAUGUUGUGGACCUUUGAUAGCCGUUUCCUGAAAAAUUUUGUACCUGGGAAAAUAGUACCUUUUAAAAGUUACGUUCUGUAUCCUCCAUGCUACGUGCAUGAUAUUAGUUUUUGGUUAGAUGAGAAGAAAGGAUUUGAUGAACUGGAGUUUCACUCUGUGGCCCGAGCAGUGUCCCAGGACACUGUUGUAUCCAUACAAUUCCUUAAUCGUUUUCAGCAUCCAAACACUGAACAAGUCAGUCUCUGCUACAGACUGACCUAUCAAACCUGUGACAAGGCCCUCACCCAGAAGCAGGUAGCAUCAAUGCAGUCCCGGUUUAGGAAGGAGAUUCAACGACAACUACAUGUUAUACCUCGGUAGUUCUUUCUACACUGUGAUCCUUUAUUAGUGUGUGUGUAUGCAAAAUACCCAUAUGCAACCAGUGGUCCUUUCUGGACUGUGUCUUUUUGUGAAGUCUUUUACGUUGUGACUGCAGCAACUGUUGGUUGACCCUAAUGAUACCUGUGACUCUAUCACUUAAAAACUUACUGACUGUAAUGUGCCUGGUGAUUUUUUGAGUUGUGCAAUAUAUUGGUCCUGAGUAAUGACUUAAGACAACAAACAAAACAGCAUCUUGUACAUUAGAUGCUCUGUUGAAGAGGCAGUGGAACUUAAGUAUCUCAUCAAAUAAAUUCAUAAGUAUUUUU